CUGUCCCAUCCUGUUCAAAAGCACCAACGCAACAUUCUCUGGUCCUAGACCCUUUAAAUUCCUAAAUUUCCGGACUAACCACCCCUCCUUUGGAGACACUGUGCAAUCCUGCUAGGGGAGGUACACAGGGGGGAAUGUUUGGCUUCAUGUCCAAGCUCAACACCCUAAGAACUAGUCUCCAGGAAUGGAAUAAAGCAACCUUUGGGAACAUUUUCUCAAAAGUUUUGGAAAUGAAGGAUCUUGUUCAGAAAGCUGAAACCCUUUUUGACAACGAUCCUACCCCAGAACACAGAGCAAAUCUUCAUAAGCUUAGGGCUCUUCAGACACAGGCUAACAAAAAUGUGUUUGAUUUUUGGAAACAGAAAGCCAACCUCAAGUGGAUACAAGAGGGGGACUGCAACACAUCCUUCUUUCAUAGUGUGGUUAAGGGGAAGAGAAUUCAGCAGAAAAUAUCCAGGAUCAAGAGCAGUGAAGGGCUAUGGUUGGAGAAUCCUAAGGACAUCCUCAAUGAAGCCAGGCAAUAUUACUCUGAGCUCUUCUACAACCAGCCUACCUCCAACAUGUCCCUAUUCAGCCAAAACAUUCCACAUCUACUCACUGAGGAGGACAACAUAUCCCUUAACCAGCUUCCUACUGAAGGGGAGCCUACCUCCAACAUGUCCCUAUUCAGCCAAAACAUUCCACAUCUACUCACUGAGAAGGACAACAUAUCCCUUAACCAGCUUCCUACUGAAGGGGAGGUCAGAGAUGCUGUUUGGAAUCUAGACCCAAAUAGUGCACCAGAACCUGAUGGUUUUAAUGGGGAAUUCUACAGGAAAUGUUGGGAUACCAUUAAAGUUGAUGUCACCAAAGCUGCUCAGGAGUUCUUCUUAGGAAUUCCUAUCCCUAAAGCAAUGGCCAGUUCAACCAUCAUCCUUAUUCCUAAAAAGGAGAAUCUAAACUGCCUGGCUGAUUUCAGACCUAUUUGCUUAUCUAAUUUCAUGGCUAAGAUCAUCUCUAAAAUCCUCUCUUAAAGAUUAUCAAGGAUCAUCCCCUAAAUCAUCUCACCUGAACAGGGAGGAUUUGUCAAAGGGAAACAAAUCCAGGACCAAGUCCUUAUUGCUCAAGAGCUUAUUCAUAGACUGGAUUACAAGUGCAGGGGAGGUAACAUGGCUAUCAAACUUGAUAUGUCAAAGGAAUUUGACAGAGUAUCCUGGGCCUACCUUCAAGAAAUUCUAGACAGAUUU